UUUAUAUUAUUGUAAUGACAUAUUACAAUACAAGUGAAUACUACAGUUUAAAGUGUGUAAUUUGUAAAAAAAAUGCAUGAGAUUUUUGUUCUUUUGCAUGAUUUUUAAAAUAUUUUAAAAAUUAAAUGUAAAAAAUGGUGUCUACUAGAGGACCAAAAUUUAAAUUCUGUGAUGGUGAAAAAGUUCUUUGUUAUGAGCCAGAUCCAACAAAAGCAAAAGUUCUCUAUGAUUCAAAGGUUUUAGAUGUAAUUGUAAAUAAAGAUCAACGUGGUAGAAAAGCCGUGGAGUAUUUGAUUCAUUUUCAGGGUUGGAAUUCUUCUUGGGAUCGGUGUGUAACAGAAGAAUACGUUCUAAAGGACACUGAAGAAAAUAGACAAUUACAAAGAGACCUCGCUCAGAAGGCUCAACUUCAAUUAGGAGCGUAUCUAUAUCGUCGUGAACGGAAGAAUCGUUCACAUAAAUUGGUUGAUAGACUUUCUGGAGCUGGAAUUGAGUCCCGUCGACGUGCUAGGAGUGGUGGAAGUCGAGCCGCUUCUGGAACUACGUCAGAAGACGGUAGCUCAGGCCAACACGACGAUUAUGAUACUGAGGAAGUCAUCACAGAAGAAGAUUCUGAAAGUAGUUCAGAUUUUGGAGAAGAAUCUAGUGAAGAUGAAGAUAGUGGAGGUGGAGGAAGUCAUCAGUCUGGUAGUAGUUUGAGACCCGGGAUUGACCUUGACAUUGGAAGUAUGUUGAGAAGAAUACUAGAACAAGAUUAUGAGCUGAUAAAUCAUAAAAAUAAGCUGGCCGUUUUACCAGCCCAGCCUACCGUAUGUAAUAUUCUUGAAUCUUGGGUUCAACACUUUACCACAACACAACUGACAAAUAUUCCGGAAAAACCGCAAAGAAACAAAUCAAAUAUAACAAUAGAAAAGACUGUAAAUGAAAUUAAUAUUUGUAGAGAAGUUGCUGAUGGUUUGAGAAUAUAUUUUGACUUUACAUUACCAGAACUGUUAUUAUAUCGGCCUGAAAGAGAACAAUAUAAUGCAUUUAAAUCAUCGGUAUUUAUGGCUGAACAUUCGAUACAAAUUAAAGAUGAAGUAGUCGAAGCCCCUGAAGUUACUGUGAAAGAAGAGUUGGAAGAUUCAGAAUAUGCACAUUUACCGCCAUUUAGAGAACAAGAUGCUGAAACAGAGCCUCCAUCAAAACCUGUUUCGUCUUUGAAAAGGAAAUUACGGUCUUGUAGAGUGAGUUCUGUGGAUGAUUCAAGACAGUUGAGAUCUUACGAAGAUAUAAAACAAGAAGUAGGAAAUGUUUCGAGUAUAGCUAGUACAAGUUCUCGAUGCUCCAGUCCUAGAGGAGCAACUUCAAGAUAUCCAACAAUUCCACCAGCUCAAAUUAUGGCUUUACUUGAAGAAGCUAAUAAAUGGCGACUCAUGCCUGAUUCAACAAAAAAUGAAGGCGCUCCUCGAAGUCCUUCAACAUAUUUUGGAGCUGUACAUCUCGCUAGGCUAUUUGUAAAGCUACCAGAUUUGUUACAAAAUACUGAUAUGCCUACCAAAAAAUUGAAAUUGUUGUUGAAGCAUCUUGACAUGUUUUUAAGUUACUUGGAAAUGCAUAGAGAAUGGUUUGGAGAGCAAUUUUACACUCAAACAGAAAGCCAAAAUUCGCAGUAAUACUUGAUGUAGUACUACUAUCAUAACCGUUAUUCACAUGGCAUAAGAACUGACACCAAUAAAUGAUUACUUCUAUCAAUAUAAAAUCGUAAACAACGAUUAAAAAUAAAUAAUUUUUAUAUAAGUUUUUAGUAUAUCUGCAAUUUUUGAGUCUAUUCAAUGGAAAAAUCAAAGAUAAAUGGUAUAAAUAUAUAUCGUGAAGUACCUGUAUAUCAUAUUCAAUAGUUCGAUACAUAAUUAAUUAUAAAAAUGAUUAUUAUUUCUAUCGAAAACAAUUGGACAAUUUUUAGUUACAGUUAAAAUUAAAAACUAUACAUAUAUAAUUACAUUUUUAAUGAUUAUAUAUUUCAAAUAGUAUGAGUGUUUGAAGUUUGAAUGAUAGGAAUCAUUGUAUGUUUUGUACAACGACAUUAAAUUUCACUUCCAGUGAAUCAUAUUAAUUAAAAGUUCACAUUUACUAUACAUACCUCUUUAAAUCUACCUGAAAAUUUAGAUAAUUAUUUGAAUUUCUAACUUUAUUCAAAUUUUGAAGCUAUCAUUUUUAUUUCUAAUGUACUUUUAAGCGAUUUUUAAUGAUCGUUAGAUGUAAUUUUUUUCCAACUAAUCGCAUCGAUUUAUGUAGAUAUAGAUAAAUGAAUAUUAAGUUUUACUUUAUCAAGGUUCAAAAGUCAAUUUAAAAGUGAGAAUGUUCGAUGACUUGAUGAAAACGAAUUUUGAAUGAUUUUAUGCAUAAUAACUAGAGGAAUUAAUGUAAAUGUUUAUUUUAUUGUAAGUGUGCAUACUUUAAUAUUAAGUGUAAGAAUAUUUAU